ACAACAAGCGCAAGACUUCCCUUAUUUUAAACACUUAUACUAAUACUAGUAGCUACUUUUAACUUUUUUAACUAUCUAUCUAACAUGCUCUCCUCUCUUCCGCUGUGUUCAGACUGGAUGCUAAAUGCUAAUCAGUAACUUCGCUAGAGAGUAUUAUGUAACAUUAACGGACGACGGGGUGGGUUCUUAAGAUGAGCUACCCAGGAUACCCUCCUCAGUCUGGUGGAUACCCACCACAGGCAGGGGGCUACCCACCUCAACCAGGAGCAUAUCCACCCCAAGCAGGCGGCUACCCACCAGCAGCAGGCGGCUACCCCCCGGCAGCAGGAGGCUACCCUCCGGCAGCAGGAGGCUACCCCCCACAGGCAGGUGGAUACCCACCCCAAGCUGGCGGUUACCCUCCAGCAGCGGGCGGUUACCCUCCAGCAGCGGGGGGCUACCCUCCCCAGGCAGGUGGCUACCCUGCCCCAGCUGGAGGCUUCCCUCCACAGGCAGGAGGAGGAUACCCACAACAGCCUGGAGCAGGAGGUUAUCCUUCCAUGCCUCCGUCAGGUGGAGGCUGGGGUGCAGCACCAGGCGGAUAUGGCGCGCCAGGAGGAGCUCAGCAAGGAUACCCAGGAGGCCCUGCCCCAGGCCAACCCAUGCCAAAUUACCCUGGUGCCCCUGCAGCUAACCCCUCAAUGCCUGGAUAUGGAAGUGGAGUUCCCUCCAACCAUCAGGCACCUGCCAUUUCUAAAGGGUUCAGGGGCUCUAUUAAAGACUUUCCAGGGGCCGAUCCACUGAGAGAUGUUGAAGUUCUUCGAAAGGCUAUGAAGGGUUUCGGCACUGAUGAAAGUGCCAUUAUUGAACUUCUGGGAAGUCGUUCCAACAGGCAGAGGGUUCCAAUGGUGGCUGCCUACAAAACCACUUACGGAAAGGAUUUAUUCCAUGAUCUGAAGUCUGAGCUCACUGGAAACUUUGAGAAACUGGUUCUUGCCAUGCUAAUGACCCCUGCGCACUAUGACGCAGCUGAACUCAGAGAGGCUAUAAAGGGUGCAGGAACUGAUGAAGCUUGUCUGAUUGAGAUUCUUUCAUCACGCUCCAAUGCAGAGAUUCGUGAAAUCACCACAAUCUACAAAGCUCAGUAUGGGAAGAGCCUGGAGGACGCCAUCAGCAACGACACCUCCGGCCACUUCCGCCGACUCCUGGUCUCUCUCUGUCAGGGAAAUCGUGAUGAAAGGGAGACUGUUGACAUCUCUCUGGCCAAACAGGACGCUCAGAAACUGUAUGCUGCUGGAGAAAAUAAAGUGGGAACUGAUGAGUCUCAGUUUAAUGCCAUCCUGUGUGCUCGCAGCAAGCCUCACCUUCGGGCAGUCUUCCAGGAGUACCAGCAGAUGUGUGGGAGAGACAUUGAGAAGAGCAUCUGCAGGGAAAUGUCUGGCCAUGUGGAGGAUGGCAUGGUGGCUGUGGUGAAAUGCAUCAAGAACACCCCUGUCUACUUUGCAGAGAGGCUCCACAAGUCCAUGCAGGGCGCUGGGACCAUGGACAGAACCCUGAUCCGUAUCAUGGUGUCCCGCUCUGAGACUGAUAUGUUGGACAUCAGACAGGAGUAUUUGAAGAAGUACGGAAAAUCUCUGUACACUCACAUCUCGGGGGACACCUCUGGGGAUUACAAGAAGCUGCUGCUGAAGCUGUGCGGGGGUAGCGACUGAAAAGAGAAGACAACUUCUCCUAAGGGCAAUGUAUAUGUCCACACUGAAACAAUGUUGUAGAACCUUAUAUCACCUCUGAUGCAUGCAGUUAAUGUUAGUUUUCCUAUAACAACAGUAAAUCAAUGUUAGUUUUGUAUUCUCUCUGAUGACAUGAUAGUUUUGUUUUGCUACUGUAUGAUUGCCAAAUAGUAAAUAUAUAUAUAUAUAUAUAUAUAUAUAUAUAUAUAUAUUAUAUAUAUAUAUAUAUAUAUAUAUAUUAAUAUGAAGAUUUUUAAAGACACAGUAGAUAGCUUUAUCUUUAUUAGAUUAGAGGUGGAGGCCUAUAGCCAAAAGUGGGUGCCUGAAAAUUCAAUCCUUAAUUUAAAAAACAAAGUAUAUUAUAGAGCAGUCCAACAAACUGCUAAUUGUAAAGUCUGAUUCUUUCUGAAUUUAGAUGAAUAGAGUUUCACAAAAUAAGAAAAACUAAAACUGCAGAACAAGGAGACUGACUCAUUUAUCUAUAAAGUACACAUACAAGGAAUCAUUCAACACAGUACUUUAUAAAAUGUGUUAUUUCAGUGUUACUGUGGCAGAGUUUACCUCACUGCCAAGCAUUUCAACUAUGUUAAAAAAGCUGUGCGAGACUGUUAAGCAAGUUUAAGCAAUUUCAAUAUAACUGGAUCUUAUACAGCAUAGAUAUGAUCAUUUUAUGCUUGUUCAUCUGGUGUCAAUUAAAUUCCAGGUAAUUUUUCAAUGUAAAAAAAAUAAAUAAAAAAAAUAAAGAUCUGCUAAGGGGCAUUUCCUCCAUCUCCAUCUAAGUGUCUGUGCAAACUAACCCGAAUUUUUCCCUCUGCUUGAAAGUCUAUGCAAAUCAGCUCUUGGCAGUAUAUUCUUUAUAUCAGCUUCACAAAACUUGUCUGUUUUGCUCUUGAAAUGAAAUGUAAACCUUAUCAAUCACUAUUCAGCAUUUACAGACAGCGUUGCCUUUCCCUGAAUGUUGAAAAUGCCAAAGCCCAAAGACAGAUCAUAUUGUGCCUUUUGUCAGGGCUGCUUUGUUGUUCAGAGUUAGUCAGUGUUUCACUGUGCAAUUAUCUCACAAACAAUCUAUAAUAAUACUUGUAUUGGUGCAGAAAUGUAAUCCUCACAUUGUUUGGUUUUCAAUGUUUUGUUUACAUUUUCUUUCAUAGUGUCCUUAUACUGGUUUGUAUGUUGUACUGCCAGUAGAGGGCUCUUGGCUCACAUGAAGUGCCGUUUCUUAUGUCUGUGAUUGUUUUUUGCCUGCUUACUGGGAGUUUGGCAUAUUUAUUACUCUAACUCUACUUUGCAGUCAUCCUUAUAACAUGAUAAUGAUUGAAACUGAAUGGAUGCCUGUUUAGUUUUCUAACAUUUUGCCAUUUGAUAGUCUCAGUGUUUCCAGAGACUUUCAAACAACCACUUCUCAUUUCAAUAAAAAAAAAACAAAAAAACA